GUCUGUUUAAAUUAUUUUUACAAUUGUGUUGUAGUGAAAAUGGUUCGUGUUAACAACAUUUUAGAAACAUCUGUUUUGGCAUUUUUAAUUAUUCAGAUUGUGGAUGCAUCAUCUUCGGGAUUAUAUUAUUGUCCAAUGUGUGGUUUUCCAAAAUAUAACCAUUACAAUUCCUUGAGUCCAACUUGCUCAAGUUUGAACUAUAAAAAUGAUCAGAAUUCUGUUUAUCCUACAAAUACCCCUUAUCCCUAUUAUAGGGAUCAAAAUACUGAUGUAAGUUGUCUGUCAGCAUCAGGGCUACCGACUGAUCACAUAAUUGGUUCUUGUAGUGAUUGUGGCAGAUUUCCGUACGACAUCCAAGUUCCACCAAAUGCUCAUCCAUCACCGGCAAAAUUGUCUUAUCCGUAUGUAACCGAAGAUCCAUCGAGUCCAUGUAAACAAACAUUACAAAAUUUCGGAUAUCAGUUACAAGUACCCGUAGCCCACCGGCGUGACUCAAACUAUGGUUCUCUUAGUGGAAUCAUCGACAAAACAUACAAAAAGUGUCCUCCGUGUCCUUGUAAACUGCUAUAUUGAACCAAUAGAAGAUGAUAAAUAACCCUUAAACAACUCCAGUAUAAAAGAUCAUCUACCUACCUAUUAAUUAAUGCAGUCAAGCAGUUGAUCAAGUUAUAAAAAUAAAAUGAUUUUAAAAUAAAAAAAGCAUUUGAAAAUAGUAAUAAUAUUUUACUGCUGUUUAACAUUUUUUUUUUGUGUUGAUGAGUUAUAAUAAUAUGAUAUAUUAGUAUGUACCUUCUUAUAUUAUCUUUUUAAUAUAAUACCACUAUUGGUACAAUGGUACAUACACAAUAAUAAUAUUAUAUGGAACCCUGCUACGAUCUUUCAUACCAUAGAGAAACUCAAAAGAGUUCAAAGAAAAUUUAUACGAUUUAAAGGGUACAAAAAAGAUUAAUCAAUGCACCUGAAAUUAAGUCUCUACAAAAUAAUUCAAAACUCGAUUCUCUCUCAACCCGUUGCAAAAUAUUUGAUAUAUGUUUUUAUAUAAAUUAGUUAAUGAUUUCAUAUUUUGUACCCCUAUUAAUUCUUGAUCGCAUAUCUUUCUGCACGUACCUCGAUAUAACACUCCCGCUUAUUAUCCUACAACCUAAAAUUCAUUGAAAACCCACCGUAAAAACUAUGGAUAAAAUAGUCCAUUUGAUAGAUUCCUUACACUAGAAAAAACAUUGAUUUCUUCUUUGAUUCUCUACCAGACCUAAAAAUACAUUACUCUAAUCUGUAGUAUAGUCUUCUAACUUCUUCCCUAUUAUGAUAAUUUUCAUUAUCUAUCUUAUAUUAAAACUCUAAUAUUAGCUUAUUAAUUAUUAUACUCUAAUGUAUGACCUAUCUAUCUUUAUACAGUAUACUUGAGCUUAUAAG